UUCAAAAUUUAUCAGAAUUCAAAUUUCGAAAACAAAACAAAAUUGAAAAUUAAUUAAAAUUUGGAAUAAAAAUUCAAAUUAAAAUCCUUAAAAAUUUCCGCAUUUCAUAAAUACCACAAUGCUGGCUUAUUGUUUUGGCAAAACCUCUGAUUCAACUGAAUCUUUAAAUGCUGACAUCGAAGGAGAUCCAAAAUACCAAAAUAAUAAACUGGGGCGUAUACAAGAAGGUCUGGCAUUUUUCGCCAGUGGUAAAAUACUACGUCAUGGAGAUCGUUUCCUUAUAGAUUUUGGUUUGGAUAAUCCCAAUAAAGAUAUUGCCUUGCGAGUAGCCGCUCGUGUAUCUACCAAUUCAUUGGGACGUAAUUCCCGCAUUAAACAUAUUUGGGGAGCGGAGGAAACGAAUUCAGCCAUACCAUUUCGCUUAAAUAGCGGCUCUACCUUUGAAAUACAAAUUUUGUUUACCUUAGAAAACAUACUGAUUGCCCUUAAUGGUUUGCAUAUAGCUAAAUUUACUCAUCGUCUGCCUUUUCAUGAUAUACGCAGCAUAGAAAUACGUGGUGAUAUUACUGAGGUGCAUGUGGAACGCAAUAUUGUUACCGAUUAUCCUACACGACCCGAUAAAACACCACAUAUAGUGCGUUUAGGCGGUCGCUAUGCUGAGACUGCCGAUUUAGAGGAUCUCGAAUCGGAAGCUGAUUAUUGUGAACUAGGAGCAGCCGAUGAGGCUGAACGUUUUCUACCCUUGCCUUAUUAUGCCACCUUCGAUAAGGGUUUCUUUGAUUUGGGCUAUAGCAUCGGUGUUAGGGGCCAUGUACGCCUCAAUCCACAUACAUUUAAGGUGGCUCUGCAAGUGGGUCAGAAUGUUUGGCCUCAGCCUACUAUUGCUCUGCUGCUGGAGUUUCGCUUUACUAGACAUCGUGACGGUGAAACUGGUGAACCCGUUAUAUCUCGCAAUUCAUUUGCCAAUGGUAAAUGGACGGGUGAAAUUAAAUCAGAAUUGGCCACAGGUCUACGACCCGGAGCAGAUUUUCAUUUGGUUGUAGUGCGAGGCAGAAAAUCGUUUGAGAUUUAUAUGAAUGACAAACCAGUUACCGAUUAUCCCUACAAGGUGAAUCCGAAGUAUGUGGAUACUUGCUUUAUAGCAGGCGAUUUAAAACUAUUUAGUGUGGAUAUUGAAAGUGAUUGAAAGGGAAAUAAGGUUGGAUAUUGAAAUUUAAAAUUAUUAUUAAUAAAAAAAAUAGUUGA